CCAAAUACAAAGUCGUACUUACCUCCCUCUGGUUAAGGCCUCAGUCUCACACAAAACCCUAACAAAAUCUCAAUCUCCGCCGCCGAGCCGAACCAGACUAACCAUGCCGCCGAAGUUCGAUCCCUCCCAGGUCGUCGAUGUCUACGUCAGGGUCACUGGAGGUGAGGUCGGAGCCGCCAGUUCGCUCGCUCCGAAGAUCGGACCACUUGGUCUUUCCCCUAAGAAGAUCGGAGAGGACAUUGCCAAGGAGACCGCCAAGGACUGGAAGGGUCUUCGUGUGACCGUCAAGCUCACCGUUCAGAAUCGGCAGGCGAAGGUCUCUGUGGUGCCAUCGGCGGCGGCUUUGGUCAUUAAGGCACUGAAGGAGCCGGAGCGUGAUAGGAAGAAGACCAAGAAUAUCAAGCACAAUGGGAACAUUUCUCUCGACGAUGUGAUCGAGAUUGCUAAGAUUAUGAGGCCCAGAUCCAUUGCUAAGGAACUCUCCGGAACAGUGAAGGAGAUUCUCGGCACGUGCGUCUCCGUCGGUUGCUCCGUCGAUGGUAAGGACCCUAAGGAUCUUCAGGAAGAAAUUAGUGAUGGUGAUGUUGAGAUACCCCAAGAUUAAAUUUUGUGGUACUUUGUAUCUUUUCUCCUCAGUUUUGUUUCUUAAAGAUUGCUCUUUUUUUUGGCCCAUUUUCUGAAAAUGUCUCCAAUAUCAAGUUUGUAGGAGUUUGAUUCGAAUGGUGGAGAAUUGUAAGGGUUUUGGAUUUUUUUCCUUAUAAAAUUAAUUUUCUUGGAUAA